AUGCACCCCAAAUACAGCCCCAAAUACACCCCAAUGCAACCCAAAUACAGCCCCAAAUACACCCCAAUGCACCCCAAAUACAGCCCCAAAUACACCCCAAUGCACCCCAAAUGCACCCAAACACACCCCAAACCACACCCCGAAUCACCCCCCAAAACACAGCCCAACGUACCCCAAUACACCCGAAUCACCCCCAAAUACACCCCAAGCUCCCCUGGCACCCCCCCCAACCCCACCGUACCCCCAUUGUGCCCCCCACUGUGCCCCCAUUGUGCCCCCCACUGUGCCCCCAUUGUGCCCCCCAUUGUGUCCCCCAUUGUGCCCCCAUUGUGCCCCCAUUGUGUCCCCCAUUGUGCCCCCACUGUGCCCCCCAUUGUGCCCCCAUUGUGCCCCCCAUUGUGUCCCCCAUUGUGCCCCCAUUGUGCCCCCAUUGUGCCCCCACUGUGCCCCCCAUUGUGCCCCCAUUGUGCCCCCCAUUGUGCCCCCAUUGUGCCCCCCACCCAGGUCAGCCGCAUCAGCCUGGUGGACCUGGCGGGCAGCGAACGCGCCGACCAGGCGGGGACCUCGGGGACGCGCCUCAAGGAAGGUGCCAACAUCAACAAGUCACUGACCACGUUGGGCAAAGUCAUCUCAGCCCUGGCCGAGGCGCAAAACAAGAAGAAGAAGCCGGAUUUCAUCCCCUACCGCGACUCGGUGCUGACCUGGCUGCUGAAGGAGAACCUGGGAGGCAAUUCCCGCACGGCCAUGAUCGCGGCGCUGAGCCCCGCUGAUACCAGCUAUGAGGAGACGCUGAGCACCCUGCGGUACGCGGACCGGACGCGGCACAUCCGGUGCCACGCGGUGGUGAACGAGGACCCGAACGCGCGGCUCAUCCGCGAGCUGCGGCGGGAGGUGGCGCGGCUGCGGGAACUGCUGCGCGCGCAGGCCCCGCCCCGCGCCGGGCCCGACCAUGAGCCCCCCACGGAACCCCCCCCCGCCGAGCCCCCCCCGCCCGCCGCCGUCAAUGGGGCCACGGAGCCGCUGCCCCCCCUCAGCGCCGCGGAGGCCAUGGAGCGGCUGCAGGAGACGGAGAAGAUCAUCGCGGAGCUGAACGAGACCUGGGAGCAGAAGCUGCGUCGGACGGAGGCGCUGCGGCUGGAGCGGGAGGCGCUGUUGGCCGAGAUGGGCAUCGCGCUGCGGGAGGACGGCGGCACCGUCGGGGUCUUCACCCCGAGAAAGACCCCGCAUUUGGUGAACCUCAACGAGGACCCGCUGAUGUCCGAGUGCCUCCUGUACCACAUCAAGGACGGGGUCACCAGAGUGGGUCGAGUGGACGUGGACAUCAAGCUCUCGGGACCGCUCAUCGAGGAGCAGCACUGCCUGUUCCGCAGCCAGCCCGGCCCCAUGGGUGAAGUGGUGGUGACGCUGGAGCCGUGUGAGGGAGCCGAAAUCUACGUCAAUGGGCAGCGGGUGACGGAGCCCGUGGUGCUGCAAUCGGGGAGCCGCCUGGUGCUGGGCCAGAGCCACGUGUUCCGCUUCACGCACCCGGAGCAGGCGCGGCGGCAGCGGGACGGGCAGCGGGAGCAGGACGGGCGCCGCGGGGUCCCCGCGCCCCCCCCGGGCUGGAGCCAGGCGCAGCGCGAGCUGCUGGAGCUGCAGGGCAUCGACGUGCGGCCGGGGGGCAGCCGCAGGCUACAGGAGCUGGAGAACCGGCACCGGGGAGAGGAGAAAACGGCGGAGGAGGAGCGAGGGACCGUGCCCCCCUCCCCGCGGCGCCCCGGGAGGCGCCGGGAGCCGCUCCGGGUGUACCAGAUCCCGCAGCGCCGCGCGCUGACACCGGAGCCGCCGCGGGGCCGGCGGGAGGGCGCCGGGGACGCCGGGGACACGGGUGCUGCGGGUGCUGUGGGUGCUGCGGGUGCCGGGGGCGCUGUGGGUGCUGCGGGUGCUGUGGGUGCUGCGGGUGCCGCGGGUGCCGGGGGCGCGGAGGUGGCGGGGCUGCGCGCGCACCUGCAGCGCCUGGCGGGGAUCCUGCGGGAGGUGAAGCGCCAGAACAGCGCCAAGGACGAGCAGCUGCGGGCGCUGCGGGACCGCGUGGGGCGCAUGGAGCGCGCCCUGCCCCUGCCCGCGGACGACGACCCCGAUGCCGUCCCACGGCCGCCGAGCCCUGCGCCGCCGUCGCGGCUGUCGCUGCUGAUGCAGCGGGACCCCGCGUUCCGGCGCGGCCGCCUGCGCUGGCUGCGGCAGGAGCAGGCGCGCCUCUGGGGGGCGCUGCAGCCGCGCCCCCCGCAGGACCCCGCCCCGCUGCGCUUCCCAUUCAAGAGCAACCCCCAGCACCGGGCCCCGCCCCUCGCCGAGGACACGCCCCCUCCCCACGACGAAGGGCGCCCCCUAGGCGGGAGGACCCCGCCGCGCAUCCGCCGGCAGCGCUCGGCGCCAGACCUCAAAGCGCGGGGCCCCCACGCCUAGAGAUGGGCGGGGGGGGGCCCCCCAAUGGGGGGGAUUCGCUCAUUAAAGGGUGACCCCUAAUUAAAGAGGAAAAGCUCA